AUGCUAAAUCGGAGUAAUUCAAGGUCCAAACUUUGGCUCAGUGUCUUACUAGACGAAGACGAGAAGCAAUUCCAAUUGGGAGAAGGUAAUAUUGACACCGAGCCUAAACUUGAUUGGGAUGAUAAGCAAAGAGCUCAAGCAAGAAUGCUUGGAAUUGCUUUGGAGUUGGAAAGGAAAUUCCAUCCACUCUACUUAGGAAAUCGCACCCACAACUUUGCGGUGGAUCGGAGAGAGAAGAUUGAGAAGAAGGCAAGUUUCUCGGAUUCCCUCGAGGCAUUGGAAACUCGGCGCAUAUCCAGCUUGCUGAAUUUUACACAGAAUAAGCCAACAAUGAAUAAGGAUAGUGGGGGGAAGGAAAGCGUCUACGACAUGAUUCUGAUCGACAAGAAUAGAGACGAGGACAAAGAAGCACAAAAAGGGCGCGAGUUGAAAAGGCUUCAGGAGAUUCAGGAGCAAAGGCGGAUACGAAUGAAGCACGACAGUGACAAGUAUGGCGCGCAUCAUAUGGGCGAGUAUGUAUACUUAUUGCCCAUUGAAUGGAUGCUGGAUGGGGGAAGCGUUCCCUAUUUGAUCAUUGACAACGAUCCAUCACUGAACCUCUCCCUUGUUCCUCAACCGGCUAAUCUCCACGCGGCCCUGAUUCCUGCCGCAUUUACGUCAAUGGACAUUGUGAGUCUCCUGCUCCUGAUGGCCGGCUGGUUUCUCUUCCUCCUUUGUACAGCAGCCCUAAUCGGCAUUCAGGCUGAGACACAGGCAGCUACUAAGUGCUCCUUCAACAUCAGCAAAAAUUUGAUCUACCAGCGCGAGAUAAGAAAGGAUCCCGGUCUCACUGAUCGACUCAAGAAGCAGGCAGAAGAGGCUGGCAUAACGCCUAACACUUGGCACUACUUUGUCCUCCGCAAAAAGGAUAUCGGAGAUGAUGUGUUUAAUCGAAUUGCCCUCUGUAUCCAACAUUACUAUAGCUUCUACGACUUGGUAAAAGGAUGGGAGGUCUUAAAGAACUCAGCUAAUCCAGAAAUUGCCAAAUCUGCAAUUGCCUUGAUGGAUGCCUUUCUCGCCAGAGAAUACGACUACAUGUAUUUAGUCGGCAGUCAUUUGCCCUGA